AUGGAGCCGGGAUUCAACUGCUCUGAGCUCUGCGAUGGCAGCUCCAGUUUUGGCAGCCAGGAGCAGCAGCAGCGGGCACUGCAGGAGCUCUGCACUGUGACAGUGACAUCUUUUGACCACAGUAUGAAGAGUUCCCCAUCCUUCUCUGCUGGUCUUCUGGGAGUUGUGUGGACAUUCCUGACUGGAGGAGCCCUGUUAGCACUCUUCUUUCUCAUCUUCACAAUUCGCUUCAGGAAAAACAGGAUUGUAAAGAUGUCCAGCCCCAAUCUCAACAUCGUGACCCUGCUGGGCAGUGGCUUGACUUACACAAGUGCUUACCUCUUUGGGAUUCAGGAGCAGAGUCUGCCAUCUGGAGACUCAAUGGAAAAGCUUAUUCAGGUGAGGCUGUGCCUGCUGUGUGUGGGGACCUCCCUGGUGUUCGGCCCUGUCCUGGGGAAGAGCUGGCGUCUCUACAAGGUGUUCACCCAGCGGGUGCCAGACAAGCGGGUGAUUAUCAAAGACCUGCAGUUGUUGGCGAUGGUGGCAGCAUUGGUGCUGGCAGACACUGUCUUGCUCAUGACAUGGGUGUUCUCUGACCCAGUCCAGUGCUUCCGAACCCUCAGCGUCUCACUGCGGGCGACAGAGAAAGGCAUGACAUGCUCAGUGAGCCGGGUCCAGUCCUGUGCAUCUCUCUAUUCCGAUCUUUGGCUCAUCCUCAUUUUAGGGUUUAAGAGUAUCCUACUCCUGUAUGGGACCUACUUGGCUGGUCUGACCGACAAUGUCAGCUCCUCACCGGUCAACCAGUCCUUGACACUCAUCGUUGGGGUCAACCUCGUUUUCCUGGCUGCUGGCACCAUCUGCUUAGUUCACCGUUUCUUCCUUACUUGGCACAAUUUGCUGUUUGGUUUUACCUCUGGAGGCAUCUUUGUGUGUACAACCACGAUCAACUGCUUCAUCUUUGUCCCACAGCUCAAGCAGUGGAAAGCCUUUGAAGAAGAAAGCCAAACCAUGAGCCACAUGGCAAAAUAUUUCACCAGCCCGAGCAGGAGCUGCCACUCAGUGUACAGCGAGGAGCAGCUCUACCAGCUCAUUGGGGAGAAAAACUCUAUGAAGCAGCUGCUCACUGAGAAAAAUGCCGUGAUCGAAAGCCUGCAGGAGCAAGUGAGCAGUGCCAAGGAGAAGCUGAUGAGGCUGAUGUCUGCGGAGAGCGGCUGUGACCCCCGUGUGCUGCCAGCAGCUCCCUGUGCCUGGACCUCAGGGCAGCCUGGGGAUGCACCACAGGACUGCUGCCCCCCGGAUCCAGACAGGGAUGGGUGGCUUCCCCCCCGCUUGCUGAGUACAUCACCUCUUGGCAGCAAUGCCCAGGCCCUCCAGAAACAAGCAACCCAGGAGCCUGUUUGCUCCCAGGUGCUGCUUUUUAAUACAGGGGACAGCAUUGAAUGUGGCCUGAAAGAUUUCCAGGAGUGUGGGACACCUGCAGUGCAGGGGCAGCUUCCAGAGCAGCUGCCAGAUCAGGACAACUCAGCCGGUGUAGCCUGGGAGUCAUCCCCCAAAGUCAGCUACGUAAACAGCGAGAAGCUGUGGGAAAUCUUUCAGGAGUUAAGCCUGGAUGGCAAAAACUGCAGCCCAGCCUUAGCUGCAAGACCCCCAUUUGACAACCGAGGCACCUCAGGCGAGCAGGGAGAAACACGGGUGGGCCAGGAGGGCUAUCCAAGCAUCCACUCACCCCUCAGCCCCUACCUGGCAAGGCAUCGUCGGAGGAUCCCAUUGCCCCCUGUCUCCACGUGCUUCCCUGGACGUGAUGUAUCCCCUCGUGCUAGCUGCAGGGUGAAGGAGGUUGGCAGCUGGGGUCAUGGGAAGUCAGCACAUAACUCCCAGGGGGCAGGAGGGGAGAUGGCUGGCAGAGGGCUCCUUUACCCUCCAGCACCAUCCCCUCCAGCCAUCCCAAGGGAGGCCAGCCUCCAACCAGAGGGGUGGCUGGGAUGGCCCGAGUCCCAGGGUGCUUCAUCGUGCGUCCCGCAGGAGCAGUGGCGGAAGCAGGGCACCCUGAGGGGACCUGCUGAGCCCUCCCUGCGUUCACUGUACUAUUACCCAGACUCUGACUCCAGCAGCAGCAGCUCGGAGGAGAUGUUUCAUGGCUGCCACCGACCCUGCUGCAAGGUUUGCUUCCAGAGCCCACGUGGCUCCCUGGACAGCAGCAGCACAGACACGGACACAGAUCCCAGUGACUGUGAGGAUCACCAGACAGAGCACCACGGUGGGCCCCAGCCUGUGGUGAAUUUCAAAGACGAUCUGAAACCCACUUUUGUGUGA